AUGUCUGGAGUUGACUCCGAUGACAGGGAGGACGGGGACUGGGCAGGUGGUGAAAAUAUCCCCUUGUCAUCCGGCAGAACUCUUCUCCCCCGCCCGGUGGCUUCCCUCGUGUCGCUGUUUGCCCAGUCGACGUCAUUAUCUCUACGUGUUGGGACAUUCCUAGGCGGAUUUGCUCUCGACAGUGCGAGGACUACCACUCUCACAGGUCUGGAACUGAGCAGAGCUGUUGUUGAGAGUAUCCUGGUAAAGGCUGGCAAGGAUGUGGCCCUGCAAGGUACCGAGUAUGGGAGGAUGCAGGCCGAAUCGCUGCUGGAGCGCAGUCUGGCAACCUUACAUUCCACGAUAACCUCCGCCUCGUUCUUUGCUUCUGCCGGUUUUCACCUUUCCUCGAUGACGUUAAGUUCUUUUUCCGUGUUCUCCCAGAACCUCCUCUCCACACUGGAUGCUAUCCUCGGAUCUUCUGAAUCGUCCCGUGCUAUCGCCGCUAUUAUCACGCUUAUUAUAAGAGAAUACCGCAGCGAAGCGAACAAGUAUGGCGGGCAGAAAGCAAGCGUAGCUGAUCUGUUGGUGGGCUCCACCGGUUUUGCCUUGCUACAACGGUGGGGUCGAAGAGCAACAGAGAGAGAAAUACGAGAAAAAGGCAAGGAAGAGACCGUUUGGGAUGUGGUAAUCCUCGACAACGGAUUGAGAGCGGAUGUUGUAGGAACCCAACAAACCGAAUAUCCAGAGGAUAUUGAAACCAGACCGGCGCAUGCCUCUUCCCGGGCGUCGUCUUUUAUAUUUCCAGAUGAGUCUGACGGUACUGAUAUCUUAAGAUCGAUGGAACAUGACACAUCUGGACGGAACACUCUGGGCACUCUCUUGCCCCAUGUUUCUCUCCCUGCUGAUCACCAGUAUGAGCUUUCUGAUGAAGAGAUCCGAGUAUAUAUCAUGAACCAGUUACCAGAUGACACCAGAGCUUCAAUAAGGACAGACACCGUCACAUCCAGAACUAUAACAGUUGACUUCUAUGACAACGACGUUGUGGAUCUGUCUCCGCCGCCUGGGGCUAAAAUGAUAGUGGAAAGCUUUCACCACCUUCAGGAUGCGGAUUCAAGCGAUGCUUCAAGGGGUUUUGUAAGCCAUCCGCCGAAGCAUACUGUUGUAUUUCGAACUUCUUCAAACCAUUCUGAAAGUGCGGAGCUACGCAAACAAGAGUUCAGCAAUGUACUAUCCACUGUCGAUUGCAAUUCAGUCUCCUUGCCUCGUUCUUCAGACAAGCGAAAAUCGAUAAGCGAUGUAAUACCGGCCUCGGACCCAUCUGCUAUUAAUACGGGGACCAUGCAGGAUUCCCACCCGGGAAAUACCAAUAACCCUUCGUUCGCACAUGGCCCAGGUCUACAACCAUCGAUAACUGAUUCAGGAUCGCAGAAAGGUACUCUUAGAAAAAGAUCCCUCUCCAAAUUCUCCCACAAAGUCAUAUCUAACAUAGAAGAUAAAGUAACCCACAAAGAACCGCCUUUGAAGAAGAUGUUUACAGGCAUAGCCAACACAGCCCUACCGUCUUCACAAGACAAAGACGUGAACAAAUCCGACAAAGAAAAUAUCUCCUCUCGAAUCGUUUUGAAAAAUUCUUCACUAAAGAAACCUGUUGGUAAAUCGAAUAGUAGCGAAAAUACACUGCCCACUCCACCAAAAGCAAAACGCUUAGGUUUUACUGACAAAACUUUGCCCCGGCUACCAUCAAGACGCGAGCCUCCAAGCCAGAAGCGAACCUACAGUAGUAAUUCAGUCAAUUCGCAUUCGAACGGUAUUCAAACGAAAUCUCCUUCGAAAUCAAGUUAUAUCUCUGUUCAAGGGAAAAGAGUCGAGUCAUAUACCGCCCAAACCGACGCAUACUCCCUUUGUUCUAGGCAAUCCUGUCCCAGUUCUCCUGUAAAAUCAAGAAAUCAUGUCCGUAGCAGCAGCGCGCUCUCCAGGACUACGUCCGAGAAAGACCUGUCUAUUCUCGUUAACGACGAUGAUAACCUGCGGACUCCGGCAUCGCAUCGAAGAGGAUCCCUUAAAUCACUUGCACCUAGCACCUACUCCAUUGCCGAUGCGGGAUCUGAAACUUCCUUAGUUCUUGCCACACGACCUGCAAAAAGUGUGUACGAAGACCAAGCUACGAUUUUAGCGCUCCAACGCGAUGGCCGGGUUCCAGGAAUGUUUCCCGAUGACCACAUUGUGAAAAACAUACAGAGAUUUUCCCGUUUCUCGUCGGCGUCGUACGGUUCCAAUUUCCUCCGUGUAAUGGGUAUUGGGAACCUCAAACAGACGCGGCAGAAGGAUGAAUAUAUCAGCGAUGAUCAUCACGAACACUGCUCAUUUUCCAACUAUACUGGGCUUCCAGCAUCAACUAUCCUUCUUUCAUCAUUUGUCGACCCUGCAGGAGGGUCGAAUGCAGCUGGAGAAACCGCUGAAGGAUUCCCUUUGGUGCACUAUCUGUCCCUGGACCACGCCUCCAAAGCUGUUGUUUUGACGCUUAGAGGCACGUGGGGAUUUGAAGAUAUCUUGACGGAUAUGACCUGCGAUUAUGAUGAUCUCUAUUGGUUGGGAAGGACAUGGCAGGUCCACAAGGGGAUGCAUGCAUCAGCGAGGCGGCUCCUUGAAGGAGGUGGUGGGCGCGUUAUGGCGACAAUCAGAGCUGCGCUGGAAGAGUUUCCAGAAUACGGAGUCAUUUUCUGUGGCCACUCUUUAGGUGGUGGUGUCGCUUCGCUUCUAGCAACUAUGAUCUCGAAACCACUGGAUACAGACAAGUCGGGCCCUUCGUUCGUAACGGCAUCCAAACCCUCAUCCGGGAUGACCCUACUUCCAUCGCCUCAAGCGCGAUACAACGAGCGAAAAACUGGUCAACUCUUCCUCCCCUCCGGACGACCAAUACAUGUCUACGCCUUUGGUCCGCCUGCAGUAAUGAGUCCCGCACUCCGACUUGCUACAAGAGGCCUAAUCACAACCGUCGUCAACGGCCAAGAUAUCGUUCCCACCUUAUCCCUUGGAAUUCUCCUGGAUUUUCACGCCGUCGCUAUGGCCUUCAAAAGUGAUAUGUCCGAUGCCAAAGCGCAUGUCCGCUCACGUGUCUGGGAAAGCAUUACCGCCACAGUCGUGAACAAAUUCUACAUAAAUAGACCCCCGCUCCUCGUCCACGCGGGUGACAGAGCUGGUGAAGAUUCCUGGGCGUGGACUACGCUGAAAUCGCUACGUGAGAACUUAGUAGCACCCAAGCUACUCCCGCCUGGCGAAGUGUUUGUCGUGGAGACGAUGCGUGUUUUGCAUCGUGAUGCAUUCACAUUCGACUCCUUCAGUGGUGCUGAUGGAUCAGCGCGCCUAGGUCGACCUGCAACCCGUGUGCAGCUUAAAUUCAUCCGGGAUGUAGAAACGCGGUUCGGCGAGGUCAGAUUCGGGUCUGGGAUGUUGGGUGAUCACAGUCCUGCCAGGUAUGAGGCCAGUCUGGCCGUGUUGGCAAGGGGGGUUCUAGAGGACUGA